CAUUUUUUCUCCAAUUUCACUACGAUUUAAAUCCACAUGGAUCAAUUGAAAUGAAUUUGAACAAAAAUACUGAAUUAUUUGCUCUGCUUUGAAUCAACAAAAACGCAAAUUAUAUGGAAAGUCGCUGCGGUUGAUAUGGCACAAUUAUCAAAUGUUGUGAAGCUCAAAACGAAUUUCAAUGUGGUGACCAAGCAUGAAGCUUUUUAUACUGGAGGGAAAAUUCAGUUUGCAACCUCUCAGCAAGUCAUUUUUUGUACCUGUGGAGAAAAAAUUCAAGUGUUGAGUAUCACAAGUGGUAAAGUCACACAUUCAUUAUCAGAGGAAAGUGAUGACAUAGCCUGUUUUGCAUUAAGCCCUGAUGAUAAGAUAUUGAUCUCUUGCAGCAAGAAUCUUCUUUUUAGGCAAUGGGAUUGGAGAAAUGAAAAGUGCACUAGAUCAUGGAAGGCUGUAUGCAAAGGACCCAUUUCAUGCAUGAAGUUUGAUUCAACUUCCACAUUGUUGGCUGCAGGCUCAACUGAUGGGACAGUUAAAAUUUGGGAUGUUGAUAAGCAAUAUUAUACUCACAAUUUAAAAGGCUCUCAGGGUGUUAUAAGUAUCAUAUUCUUCCAUGAGAUUGGUGAAAAAUUACAUUUACUAACAGCAGCAGAUGAUUAUAAAAUAAGACUGUGGGAUCUGCAUAAAAGCAGAUGUGUCACAGUUUUUGAGGGUCAUUAUAGUGUUGUAACAUCCUUGGCAUUUCCUGAGGAAGAUGUUUUGAUUAGCUCUUCCAGAGAUAAUGUCAUCAACAUUUGGGAUGUAUCAAAGAGAAAACUCAGAAAGACUGUUCCAACAUUUGAAAUGAUUGAAGCUGUGUUAAUGCUUCCUUCAGAUGUUACAUUUCCUGAUGUUGAAACUCAACGAAAAUACUUUUUAACUUGUGGACACAAAGGUAUAUUGAAAGUGUGGGAUUACACGCGAUUUAAGUGUGUAUUUGAAACUGCUCUUCAAGGAGCUGCAAGUGAUAGCAGUCAACGAGAGAACAGUUCUAUCGUCAUUGUUCAAGCUGAAGUUUGCCAAGAUAUUCGAUGUAUUUCUGUCGUUACAGCAGAUCAUAAUAUAUUUUUACUCAGUUAUGAUGGCAUAAAGCAACAAAAACAAUUUGUAGGUUAUAACGAUGAAAUACUUGAUAUGGCUUUCAUGGGUCCCUCUGAGAAAGAGAUUGUCGUUGCAUCUAAUAGUGCUCAGGUCCGUCUUUACGAUUUAACGACGAUGGAUUGUCAACUGCUAUCUGCUCAUUCAGAUGUUGUGAUAUGUGUGGAUGUACAUAUGUCGGGAGAACUCUUGGUAACGGGUUCAAAGGACAACACGAUAAGAAUAUGGAAGAAAGAAGAAAAUGGCAAAAUGAAAUGUGUUGGUGUUGGACACGGACAUGCCCACGUUGUUAGCUGUGUUGCAUGGCCGAAAAUCAAAACAUCGUUUGUUGUAAGCGGCAGUCAAGAUUUUACCAUCAAAAUGUGGUCUACUGAAGUUGAUUACACGAAUGAAGAAGUUAGUAAACUUGAUGUUUUACUUACAGAAAAAGCACAUGAUAAAGAUAUUAACUCCAUUGCUGUGUCACCGAAUGAUAAAAUGAUUGCAACAGGUUCGCAAGAUAAAACGGUUAAGAUCUGGCGUCGUUCUAACUUCCGAUUAUUGGGUACAUUACGUGGUCACAGACGUGGUGUAUGGUCUGUUCAGUUCUCACCUAUAGAUCAGUGUAUAGCUACAGGUUCUGCUGACUCUAUGAUACGUCUUUGGGCUCUUUCUGACUUCACGUGCCUGAAGACAUUGGAAGGACAUUCAAACUCUGUGCUAAAAAUUUUGUUUAUUUCUCGUGGAAUGCAGCUGUUGUCAUGUGAUUCGGAUGGUUUGAUUAAACUGUGGACAAUAAAAUCAAGUGAAUGUGUCAAGACAUCGGAUGAACAUAAUGAUAAAUUGUGGUGCAUUGCUGUUAGUGAUUCACAGCAAGUUAUGGUCAGUGGUGGUGUUGACUCUGUUCUUAAUGUUUGGAAGGAUGUCACAGAAGAAGAGGAAUCGACUGCAAGAAUGGCUGUUGAAGAUCAAUUAAAGAAGGAACAAGAAUUGUCAAAUUACUUGCAAAGAAAGCAGUUUACGAAAGCUUUAAGUCUGGCGUUGACUUUAGAGCAGCCAUACAGAACAUUGAAUGUGAUAAAAGAUAUUUUGCUUGAAGAAGAAGGUAAUGAAGAGCUUACGAAAACUUUACAAAGCUUACGGGACGAUCAAAUAGAUGUCUUGAUAAAGUUUCUCUGUGACUGGAAUACGAACGCUAAACAUAGUCGUGUAUCACAACUAGUUUUAUCAACAAUUCUCAAGCAACAUUCACCGACUUGGAUGAUGGAUCGACCUGACAUGAAAGAAAGAAUUGAAGCACUGCUUCCUUAUACAGAAAGACAUUUAGAAAGAAUGAACCGAUUAUUGCAGCAAUCGAUGUUUGUGGAGUAUACAUGGCUGUCAAUGAAGCUUGGAACGACUACAGAUUCCAUUGAAAGGAAUAUGCAGGAGUGAAAUAUGAGAAAAACGAAGAGCAGAUGAUCAGUGGAACACUUAAUGAACUCGAAAAAGUUUGGUCAAAUGCAUUCGUAAUAUUAGACAAAGAACACUAUUUAAACAAUUUUUACUUUAAUGUAUAAAAAGUAUUGUAUUUCGUGGUAGAUUUAAUUACAAAUUUCUUGUCCCAA